AUGGUCGAUGUAUGUUGUACAAAAUGCAAUUCAAUAGACCAUAUCCUGGAGGGGGGUUUUCGUUCAGGUCACAUCACCGAGAUUUGUGGGGAUGAGGGAACCGGUAAAACCCAGAUCUGUUUGCAACUAUUGUUAGCUGCUCAACUUGAUGUAGCGAUGGGAGGUCUUUCCUCCUUUGCAGUGUACGUCACAUCAGUUGCUAACUAUCCUGCUGGUAGGCUCGCUCAAAUGGUUCCACACGUAUUCGGUUCAUUUCCACCCCCAGAUCUUAAUCCUCUAAAGAGAAUAUUAGUGAAAAAGGUAGAAUCACCGUACGAGUUAAUUGAGACCCUUCAGUCGGUUGAAGAAUUAGUCAAGGACGACAGAAGGUACCGUGUUGUAGUCAUAGACUCGGUACCAAGCAUAUGCCGCUUUCAUUUCCAUAACACCCGUGAGUCAAUGAAGGAGAGGACAUCUAUUGUUAACGUGUUCUCAAGUGGUCUUCGAUCACUUGCAGAAAAAUAUGAUGUGGUCGCGAUAGCAGUUAAUGAAACUGUGAAAGUGAACCCUAAUGAGCAAAGGGAUUGUGGAUUACAAUAA